GCCCCAUCGAGCUCCCGGCGUUCGACUGGUCACGUCUGGCGGCGGCAGCAUGGCGGCGGGGGCGGCUGAGGCGGCCGCGGCGGUGGUGGAGGUCGGUUCCGCCGGGCAGUUUGAGGAGCUGCUGCGCCUCAAAGCCAAGUGCCUCCUUGUGGUCCAUUUCUGGGCACCAUGGGCUCCACAGUGCACACAGAUGAACGACGUCAUGGCGGAGUUAGCCAAAGAACACCCGCAGGUUUCAUUUGUGAAGUUGGAAGCUGAAGCUGUCCCUGAAGUAUCUGAAGAGUACGAAAUCUGUUCUGUCCCCACCUUCCUGUUCUUCAAGAAUUCUCAGAAAAUCGACCAGUUAGAUGGUGCCCACGCCCCAGAGUUGACCAAAAAAGUUAAGCGCCAUGUGUCUAGCGGCUCCUUCCCACCCAGUGCUAGUGAACAUCUUGAAGAUCUCAACCUCCGCCUGAAGAAGUUAACUCAUGCCGCCCCCUGCAUGCUGUUCAUGAAGGGAACGCCUCAAGAACCACGCUGUGGUUUCAGCAAACAGAUGGUGGAAAUUCUUCACAAACAUAACAUUCAGUUUAGCAGCUUUGACAUCUUCUCGGAUGAAGAAGUUCGACAGGGGCUCAAAACCUACUCCAACUGGCCCACCUACCCUCAGCUCUACGUUUCUGGAGAGCUCAUUGGAGGACUUGACAUAAUCAAGGAGCUCGAAGCUUCAAAAGAACUAGAUACAAUUUGUCCCAAAGCUCCCAAAUUAGAGGAGAGGCUCAAAGUGCUGACCAAUCAAGCUUCAGUGAUGCUCUUUAUGAAAGGAAGCAAGCAGGAAGCAAAAUGUGGAUUUAGCAAACAAAUUCUGGAAAUACUGAAUAGUACUGGUGUGGACUAUGAAACCUUUGACAUCCUGGAGGAUGAAGAAGUGCGACAAGGAUUAAAGGCCUUCUCAAACUGGCCAACCUACCCUCAGCUUUAUGUGAAAGGGGAGCUUGUUGGAGGACUGGACAUUGUGAAGGAGCUGAAAGAAAAUGGUGAAUUGCUGCCUAUCCUGAGAGGAGAAAAUUAGUGUCAGAUGUGGUUUGCAGGGUGCAGGGUGUUUAUUCCAGCGGAGCAGCUGAUGGUCCUGAGAUGGUACCAGGAGUGGAAGUGCUUCCUGCCCAGUUGUGCUAAAUAAAUGUGUUUUGUUUCCCCACCAAAAAUAGGAUGCAAUAAACAUCUUCACAUUCAAUUAAAA